UGAGCGCGGUGACAGUGAGCGUGGUGACAGUGAGCGCGGUGACAGUGAGCGCUGUGAGAAUGAGCACAGUGAGAGUGAUUGCAGUGAAAGUGAGCGAAGUCAGAGUGGGCGCGGUGAGAGUGAGCGCAGUGAGAGUGAACGCAGUGACAGUGAGCGCAGUGAGAGCGAGCGCUGUGAGAGUGAGCGCUGUGAGAGUGAGCGCUGUGAGAGUGAGAGUUGUGAAAGUGAGCGCUGUGAGAGUGAGCGCUGUGAGAGUGAGCGCUGUGAGAGUGAGCGCGGUGAGAGUGAGCGCGGUGACAGUGAGCGCUGUAAGAGUUUGCGCUGUAAAAGUGAGCGCUGUGAGAGUGAGCGCUGUGAGAGUGAGCGCUGUGAGAGUGAGCGCGGUGAGAGUGAGCACGGUGAGAGUGAGCGCGGCGACAGUGAGCGCGGUGACAGUGAGCGUGGUGACAGUGAGCGCGGUGACAGUGAGCGCGGUGACAGUGAGCGCGGUGACAGUGAGCGCUGUGAGAAUGAGCACAGUGAGAGUGAAUGCAGUGAAAGUGAGCGAAGUCAGAGUGGGCGCGGUGAGAGUGAGCGCAGUGAGAGUGAACGCAGUGACAGUGAGCGCAGUGAGAGCGAGCGCUGUGAGAGUUAUGAGCGCGGUGACAAUGAGCGCGGUGACAAUGAGCGCAGUGAGAGUGAGCACUGUGAGAGUGAGCGCAGUGACAGUGAGCGCGGUAAGAGUGAGCGCUGUGAGAGUGAGCGCAGACACAGUGAGCGCUGUGAGAGUGAGCACUGUGAGAGUGAGCGCUGUGAGAGUGAGCGCUGUGAGAGUGAGCGCUGUGAGAGUGAGCGCUGUGCGCGUGAGCACCGUGACAGUGAGCGCAGAAAGAGUGAGCGCAGUAAGAGUGAGCGCUGUGAGAGUGAGCGCUGUGAGAGUGAGCACUGUGAGAGUGAGCGCUGUGACAGUGAGCGCUGUGAGAGUGAGCACAGUGACAGUGAUCGCAGUGACAGUGAGCGCGGUGAGAGUGAGCGCGGUGACAGUGAGCGCAGUGAGAGUGAGCGCGGUGACAGUGAGCGCGGUGACAGUGAGCGCUGUGAGAGUGAGCGCGGUGAGAGUGAGCGCUGUGACAGUGAGCGCGGUGAGACUGAGCGCGGUGACAGUGAGCGCUGUGAGAGUGAGCGCGGUGAGAGUGAGCGCGGUGAGAGUGAGCGCGGGGACAGUGAGCGCUGUGAGAGUGAGCGCGGUGAGAGUGAGCGCUGUGACAGUGAGCGCGGUGACAGUGAGCGCGGUGACAGUGAGCGCGGUGACAGUGAGCGCGGUGAGAGUGAGCGCGGUGGCAGUGAGCGCUGUGAGAGUGAGCGCGGUGACAGUGAGCGCUGUGAGAGUGAGCGCGGUGACAGUGAGCGCUGUGAGAGUGAGCGCUGCGAGAGUGAGCGCUGCGAGAGUGAGCGCUGCGAGAGUGAGUGCAGUGAGAGUGAGCGCUGUGAGAGUGAGCGCGGUGAAAGUGAGCGCGGUGACAGUGAGCGCGGUGACAGUGAGCGCUGUGACAGUGAGCGCUGUGUGAGUGAGCGCUGUGUGAGUGAGCGCUGUGAGAGUGAGAGCUGUGAGAGUGAGCGCUGUGACAGUGAGCGCGGUGAGAGUGAGCGCGGUGACAGUGAGCGCAGUGACAGUGAGCGCAGUGACAGUGAUCGUUGUGAGAGUGAGCGCUGUGAGAGUAAGCGCUGUGAGAGUGAGCGCUGUGAGAGUGAGCGCUGUGAGAGUGAGCGCUGUGAGAAGAGUGAGAACUGUGAGAGUGAGCGCUGCGAGAGUGAGCGCUGUGAGAGUGAGAGUUGUGAGAGUGAGAACUGCGAGAGUGAGCGCUGUGAGAGUGAGCACUGCGAGAGUGAUCGCAGUGAGAGUGAGCGCUGUGAGAGUGAGCGCUGUGAGAGUGAGCGCUGUGAGAGUGAGCACGGUGACAGUGAGCACGGUGACAGUGAGCACGGUGACAGUGAGCACGGUGACAGUGAGCGCAGUGAGAGUGAGCGCAGUGAGAAUGAGCGCAGUGAGAGUGAGCGCAGUGAGAGUGAGCGCAGUGAGAGUGAGCGCUGUGAGAGUGAGAGCUGUGAGAGUGAGAGCUGUGAGAGUGAGCGCAGUGACAUUGAGUGCUGUGAGAGUGAACACUGUGACAGUGAUCGUUGUGACAGUGAGCGAUGUGACAGUGAGCGCUGUCACAGUGAGCGCAGUGAGAGUGAGCGCAGUGAGAGUGAGCACUGUGAGAGUGAGCGCAGUGACAGUGAGCACUGUGACAGUGAGCACAGUGAGAGUGAGCGCAGUGACAGUGAGAGCAGUGAGAGUGAGCACAACCGCUGUGAGAGUGAGAGCUGUGAGAGUGAGCGCUGUGAGAGUGAGCGCUGUGAGAGUGAGCGCUGUGAGAGUGAGCGCUGUGAGAGUGAGUGCAGUGAGAGUGAGCGCUGUGAGAGUGACUGCUGUGAGAGUGACCGCUGUGAGAGUGAGCGCGGUGAGAGUGACCGCUGUGAGAGUGACCGCAGUGAGAGUGAGCGCGGUGAGAGUGAGCGCU